AUGGAUUCCAGACAGCCGCCGCAACUCCCUUUUGCUCGUAAUUCUGCUGCAUCACCACCAGUCUAUGCACGGUCGCCCUUCCCACCCGCAUCUGGCUCGACUUCCACGACGACAACAACAUCGUCGCCAUUUCAUCCCUCGAACCCUGCAUCUGCAGGUCCUGCCGCGUACGCCGAACACCAGCGACGACCGUCAGACACGAGUCCUUUCUACCCACAAUCGAGGCCACCGCCAUCUUAUGCGCCUGAGCCGACAUCACAUCCCGCACCUACUCAUUCGCGGCAUCCAAGCUCGUCUUCCAUCAAUAUCCCUCUGACUCGUAAUAUGCCUCCUCCCUCACCUCCUCAACACCAAAGUCAAAAACCGCCCGCGCCUCAUCCUGCGCAUCAGAUGGGCCACUACGGCGGACCGCCUGCACCAAGAGCUCCUCCCGUGAAUCUCGGUCCUCCGAGCGCGUUUCCUUCGGCUAGAGAGCUUCCCGCGCUUAACUCCAUACCUCGAACAGGGAGCACGGGAGGGAGCAUGUCGAUAAGCUCGAUGCUUGGGGGCCCACCGCCGGCUCGCGAGCCUACUCCGGGCCACCCAACUUCUUUCCCGCCCCCCGUCACCACUUCUGCUGUUUCAGGACCCGCAUAUGCUGCGCCCGUCCACGCGUCACCUAGAAUGCAGGCCGCAAACGAAUAUGCCGCCUAUAAUAGAAGACCCCAAACACCCGACCAAGGCAGACCGUUUGAUGCGAGAGACCAUAGGGGCAACGCAGCUGGAUCGCCGCCGCAGGGCAUGUAUGGAACUCCUGAAAUGUCCCGAUACAACACGCCGCAGGCGUAUCCGCAACGUGGUCCGCCCAUGCCGCCGGCCGAAGAGAGGAGAGAACCGCCGGGGCGGAUUCCUCCUACUAACGUGCCCCCUAGGCCGAGUAGCCAGCCUAGAUCUUAUCACGGCAUACCCCCACGGCCUGUAGAGAUGGGGAGGGGACCACCACCAGGCGAUCCCGUGUACGGUAGGCGAGAAGAGGCGCGACCACCUGGCCCAGCAGAGUACAACCCCGAGCGACAACCUCGAACUAUGUCGUACGAAGAACAGCGCCGCUUCAUUUCGGAACGGGAGCAGAUGAGUCGAGAAGCCGAGUUUAUAGAGAACCAAAGAAGAGAGAGGAUACAGUACGAAGAGCAGCGCUCUUUUAUGGCUGAGAGAGAACGUAUCGAAAGAGAAAGAGAGAACCAACGUGAGAUGGAAAGGGAGAGGGAAAGGGAACGGGAGAGGGAAAGGGAAAGGGAAAGGGACAGAGAAAGAGAGAUGGAAAUGCGCGAGAGGGCUAGGAGAGAAAGGACCACGUCGGAUCCGAGUCGCCCACACGGCCAACAUCCCGUAGAACUUGGUCCUCAGAUGCUUUCGCGACAGCCGCCGCCCUACGGAAGACCAGAUCCUCGAGACCCUAGAGAUCCACGCGACCCCAGAGAUCCACGCGACCCCAGAGAUCCUAGAGAUCCCAGAGAUCCUAGAGAUCCCAGAGAUCCUCGAGACCCGGCAGCCUGGCAGCGACCUGGUUAUGAUCAGCCGCCGCCGCGGGAUGCGUAUGGUCAACAGGCCUACCCAGGCCCGCGGCCAGGCGAAUUUCCUUCGACUACAGCCGCGCCGUAUGGGACACAUCCUGCUUACGCGCAGCCUCCUCCCCACGAACGCUUUCCGCCAACCGGUCCGCCCCCUCAUGCGAUGCCCCCGAAUCAGCCAGGUCCGCAACCUGCGCACCCGUUUGAGUCACCUGACAGACACCGGUUUGUACAGGCACACCCUCAACAGCAACCCCCCCAACCGGCUGCCCACCGAGGCCGUCCUGCCGAGGAAGGCCCACCACCUCCUUCGGUUGCGUAUAAUGGUGGCCCCGGCUCGGCCGCGUUCGAAGCCGGUCGACCGCGCGUCGUGGACGAGGGCCCUGCUCCCGCCGGACACCAGAGAGGUUUCCUCGGCAUCCAAGAGAUAAAUCGUAAGGGUCGGGUUUCGCCGCUGCCGCAGGCAGUUCAGGGUGCGCAACCCCAGUUGCAGGGUCCCGCCGGUGAGCCUGGCAUCAAGAGUGAAUUUGGCCGCAUGUUCUCCGGCAUAGGAAGUGGUGUGCGCGGUAUUGGUGUCUCUAGUCCAGUGCCACCCGUAAUGCAAACCCAAUUCUCUAACACGGGGCCUACGCGACGUGAUGAUGAGCAUCCCGGUCACGAGAUGCUCGCGGACGCUCCGGUGAAGGCGGCUACGAGAGGAAAACGAAGGAAGGCCAAGGACGACGACGGCAAGGGUGAUGACGAUAGCACCGGCAGGAUCACACCUGUCGGUCGGGCUAAACGUCCCAAGACCCACGCUCAUCACCACCAUCACCAAUCAGCCGCGGCCCCGUCUUCGAAGUCGACGGCGCCCGGCUCUACCAUAAUACCCAAGCCGAAGCACAAGAUUUCGUCCCAGGCGGUUCUCGACAGCGUCGCGGAUCGGCCCCGGAAACACCUUGGUGAUGUCGUGUAUCAGGUCGUUCUGAAGCCUAGCAAGUUGGAAUCGUCUCACUCCAAGUUUGGCUACUCGUCGAAUCCUCGUCCGCUUCCGAUGGACGUGAUCAAAGGUAACGAGAAUUCGACGCUGACGGUGAAGAUUCCCCGCGUUCACCUCAGCCCGUCCGCUCGCGAGGAGAUCACGUCUCGUCGGGCCGUGUGGGGAACGGAUGUCUACACGGAUGAUUCUGACGUUGUCGCUGCUUGUAUUCACGCAGGCUGGAUUCGAGGAGAAUGGGGCGAUGACGUGGACGUCGACUUGUUAGAUCUGUACAAACCCGCAACCACGAAGAAGCAGCGCGCGGCAGCUGCCGAGCAACAACUCGAAGUUCUGACUUCGCCGCCAGCUUCUGGUCCUGUUCAGAUACCCGCAGACCGCGAUUUACACGUGACGCUUUUGGUCUUACCUGCGCUCGACAAAUAUAGUAGUUCGACACGGUUCGGCAUCCAGAGCCGCGAAUUCGGUGGUACGUAUAACGGACGCAAGUCGAUCCACGAUGGCAUCAGCUUUAUGAUUUUAAACGUACGAUGGGUGGAUGGCGCGGCACCGCAGAGCAGGCUUCGAGGAAAGGCGCGUAGGGAACGAAUUAGAAAGGCCAUGAGCGAAAUGAACCGGAGCCAGGUGGUGGAUAUAGGAGAGAAAGAGCUCUCGAGUAAGAUGGCAACGGCGCGGGAUACCAGCAUCGGCAAGGAGAAGAGUAGCGGGAAGUCAACCGAUAGCAACGUCGGGGAGGGCAAUAAGGAGAAUCGUCCGGCCGUAACGGCUCUCAACGACACUACUCCCACGCCGAAACAGGAAAAGCCUAGCUUGGACACGAAAAUGGACUUAGACGAGGUUGUUAAGGACAAGAGCGACUCGGCCGAUAGUCAGAGCACGAAGACGGCAGACACGGCAACGACUUCUGGUAUUCCUGCCGCUGGGAAACAACCGGAGAAUCAUGGAACGAACGAGUCUACAGAUGUAUCUACGUAA